GACAAUAGUGUUUUGUAUUAUAUUAUACUGUACCGUAAUUUUAUAUUUUGGUGUAAAUAGCGGUGAUUUGAUAAAUUAUCUAUUUACAUUUAUCAUGAAGAAAUUGGUUCCUCUCAGUAGUCGAAAAAAAAGAAGGAAAAUGAAAGAAGAGUUAGACUAUUUCAAUCCCACCUACAAUCAUGAUAUUUCUGAAAAUUUACUUUCGGAAUCUUAUCUACUUAAUGAAAUACCAAAUUCUAAUACAAAUUCUCUCAACUGUCAGAAUAAUGUUUCAUUUACAACAGAACAUAGACUUCAGGAAGAAUUAAAUAAUGAAUCGCAAAAUUUUAAUUUCUCAAACUACAAAAUUGAUUUUCCCCCCCAUAGACAUAUCUGACACUGAUGAUUCUGAUUCUGACUUAUUAUCUAGUACAUCAUUUUUGAUAAAUAAUGAAUUAACUCAAUGGGCAAUACAUUACAAAAUUUCUCAUAUUGCCUUAGAUAAUCUUUUAAGUAUUCUUCGUCAACAUAAAUGUUUUAUUACAUUACCCAAAAGCGCCAAGACAUUAUUAAAAACCAAACCCAUUUCAAUAGAAAAUAUGCGGGUCGUUGAUCCUGGAAAAUACUACCACUUUGGUCUCAAAAAUGGAAUUGUUCGUUAUUUACCAUAUAAUAAUUGUGUUUUAGAGCAAGAAUUAAAAAUUGUUAUUGGUAUUGAUGGACUUCCCAUUCAUAAAAGCACUUCUUUAGAGUUUUGGCCAAUUUUGGCUUACAUACGACCAAAAUCUGAUCUUGUUUUUCCUGUGGGACUGUACUGUGGAAACCAAAAACCUUCAGACAGCAAUGACUACUUAAAAGAUUUUGUUGAUGAAGCAAAAUAUUUAAUAUUGAAUGGUUUUGAACUGGAAAAUAAAUCUUACAAAGUUAAAAUUGAUGUAAUCUGUUGUGAUAUGCCGGCAAGAUCAUUUGUUUUAAAAAUUAAAUCUCAUACUGGAUAUAAUUCAUGCCCACGUUGUGAAAUUGAAGGAGACCGUAAAGAAAAUAGGACAGUUUUUCCUUAUUGUGAACUGGACAAACGACCACCAAUUAGGACACAUAAUGGCUAUACAGACAAAUUAACAAAUGAUCAUCAUUUACCUAAUACUGAUAUUUCUAUACUUAUUGAAUUACCUAUGUUUGAUAUUAUCAACGACUUUUCUUUAGAUUAUAUGCAUAUGUUAUGUCUUGGAGUGACCAAAAAACUGCUUUUUUUAUGGAUGAAUGGUCCGUUAAAUGUCCGCUUGCCUUCAUGGAAAAUUAAAGAGUUAUCAGAUUUAGCUAUAAACUUAAAGUCAGACUUUCCUUGUGAUUUCUCAAGAAAACCAAGAAAAUUAGAAGAAGUAGCUCGAUUUAAAGCAACGGAAUUUAGAGCAAUUUUAAUAUAUUAUGGUUUUGUUAUUUUAAAAGAUAUUAUAGCUGAUGAUUGUUACAAAAAUUUUAAGGCUCUUAGCAUAGCAAUGACAAUACUUCUAAGCCCACAAUAUGUUUCAUUAAAACAAUAUGCUCGUGAUUUAUUAGAAUAUUUUGUCAAGUCCUUUGAACAAAUAUAUGGCCAAAUGUACAUGGCACCAAAUAUUCAUGGCUUACUUCAUUUGGUAGAUGAUUAUGAUAGAUUCGGAUCUCUCGAUAAUUGUUGUACAUUUUCGUUUAAGAAUUACAUGAAAGUACUAAAGAGUAUGAUUAGAAAGCCUGAUAAACCAUUGGAGCAGGUUAUAAUACGAUAUAAUGAGGGAGAAAAAUCAACCAGCAAUUUAAAAAAAAAAUGUGAUAGUAUGAAGAAUAGUGAAGGCUUAUUAAUAGGGCAACAUAAUAAGGGGCCUUUGAUAAAUAACUUAGUGACAAAUCCACAGUUUAGUACAUUAAUUUUGGGAAAUUACAAAUUAAAAACCAAUGUGGAUGCAGAUUCAUAUUUUUGUAUAAAUAAUAAUGAAAUUGUUAAACUAAUUAAUAUUGGACAUUCAACAAACACUGGAAAUAUAGUUUUGAUUGGCAGAGAAUUUAGGGAAAAAAACAGAUUUUUAUGUUCAGCCUAUUAAAUCAUCACAUCUAGGAAUUUUUUCUGUUAAACAUUUGUCUAAAAAUUUAAAGUGCUGGAAUGUUAAAGAUGUUAAAAAAAAAAGUUAUGAUUUUAUCUUACAAAAUGAACAGGUUGUUGUAUCCCUUUUA